ACCCAAUUCGUCGUCAAGAUUACGAUUAGGAAGAAAGAAGCGGAUGUUUUGUAUGAAAGAUGGAAAUUUGUGAAGAGAUAGUUAACUAGAUUCUUUGUUGUUUUUUAUUAUAGAUUUCCAUACAAAAAUGGAACAUAAAUUUAAUGAGAAAGCGUCUGUAGCAAAUGAACUUAAAUAUUUGAAAGAAGAAGAAGAACUAUUAAUGAAUCUCAUUGCGGAGUUCAAAAGCCAACUGAAUCGAUUGAAGAUUGAAGAAUUAGCUCUUAAAGCUGCUAUUCGAGAUGAGAAUGUAGCAAAUUUGUUGGAUAGUAACAAAAAUGAUGAAAAUAUGAAUGAUGAAAGCUUCUUGAAAGAAAAUCUUAAUUUGGAUGUGAAAUCAACUUUAAAAGCAUUGGCUAAAGGUGGUGGAUUUUUCUCUUCUGAGGAUGAGGACGACGAUGACGAUGAUGAUGACGACGACUCACAAGAUGAUUAGGACAACAAUUAAACAUCUAACUUGACCUAAACUGUUAUACAUAUAUCUCAAAUACACACAAUAUAGUUUUCAGAAUAGAUGAAUGAUAAACUGAACUAAAGAUGUUAAUACUGAAUUUGGUACAAAUUGUUUGAAUUUCAGCUGUAAAAUGUAAAAAAAAAGACAGCACUUCAAAUGAAUUUAGUUGAAAGUUAUAGUCCAUUGUUGAAUAUAAAUUUUUAUAUUUGGUUAUUUUGUACAUAGAUGCAUGUAUUUUUCAUUCAACUGAUUUUUGUUAAUUUAUCAAAUCAAAACUGAAAUGCCGACAUUUAUUAUAUGUAAAUAUACAUUCUAAUAUCAUUCUAAUGGGAUGAUGGUUGGCAAUGAAAAAUUUCUGGUUUCUAAAAUAUGUUAAUUUAAAAACAAAACAAUGAUUUUAUAUCAUCAUCAAUUUAAAUUGUCACAAGUGUAAAUUAAUUCAUUCUAGAAAGUAACUGCCUAUUCUUAAUUUGAACUUGAUGAUAGCAAUAAAAAAAAUUUACUUUUAGAAAAAA